AUGACAGACAUGUGGAUCAAGGGAAUCAACUACAUUUUCAGCGUUGAAUGCCCGUGCCAGCGCAGCUCACUUCACUUUUUGAGUCUGAAAGAGUGCUUGGCUAAAUCGAAGGUUUCCUGCAGGAUUGAUAAGAAACCUCAAAUAUCGAUUGAAACGGACCGAUUCCAAGCCAUGUUCAACCAGGAAAGCUCUGAGGAAGACCCAACAGCUGUUGAUGCCUUGUUUACAGUGGAACCCGACUCUGAAGGUUCCUACGCAGCUUACAAGAUGAAGACAACUCAACCCACACAAGAUAUGCUGAAUCCAGAAAACACUUAUCAGCUGGCGUCGAAAUGCAAAGGACUUGCGUUCAUUCUAAACAACAACAAGCAGCGGGAAGGCUCACAGAUCGAUAUGGCAAACAUGAUUCAUCUCUUUAAAGAACUUGGAUAUACACCACUUCCCUACGAGAAUCUUGAAGGAAAGGAUAUCACCGGGAAUUUCAAGACGUUCGCCUCUUUGUUUAAUCAGAAGGGCGUAAGUUACGACUCAGCCGUGAUAGUAUUGAUGAGCCACGGCGAUAAAGAUGGAGUCAUUCUCGGCACUGAUAAAGUGAAAGUGAAACUUCAAGAUUUGCAUCGGGAGCUGGAACAAGGUGAUGGGCUGGCAGGGAAACCCAAGAUAUACUUCGUGCAGGCGUGCAGGGGGAGUGAGUACAAAUUCCUUCCAAUUGGCCGUAUGAUGGCGCUCUCACGAUCACAUUUUGUGGUUACAAACAGUUGA